AUGGGCUCACCCGAAAGCAAGCCAACUACUAAAUUCGUAAUGAAAGAGGACGAAGCCAAGCGCCUUAAAAAUAGAUAUUCAAAUGUGGACUUAUUUAAGCAACUUCAAGAGGCUAGUGCUCAUAAUGACGACCCAAAGGCGCGUGCUGCACAUUGUUGUUACAUGCAUUUAAUUGGCAUUAUCCCUGAUUUCGAAAAUAGACUACAUUCAACAGAAAUCGAAUCAGACAAAGCUGAAAAAUAUAUUGAGGAAACCGUUCUAUAUCAAAAUGUAUCAGAACUGGCCGAAAAACGCACUGAAUAUGCUGUGUUCGAAGAUAACUUUGGUCCGACACUUGAGGCAUUGGUAAAACGAGGCAAAGAGCCAUCAUUCGCAAGUCUCUAUGAUGCUUGCAGUAAAUAUGACAACGAUGGCUAUAUGCAGAUGCACUUAGCCACAAGUCAAAAAUCGCAGCGCUAUUUUCUUGACAAAGGCGUCAGUAGUGAUGAAGCACAGGCUUGUGCUUUCGCCAUUGCAUUCUAUACGGGUUCAUAUAGUGAAACAGUGAAUCAAAAUGCUGCUUUUGUUUCCAGAAAUCAAAACCGGAACACAUCAACAAAUGUAGAAAUAUCUAAGAUGGAUGAUCGAGCCGUUGUCAUAAUGUACUAUCUAAUUAAAGGACUGUCAUACGUUAAUUUCUAUUGGGGUAUUGUGACACGUUGUGUUCAAUUAACUUCGAAAACUGCAGAAUGGUUUAAUGAUCGUAAUACAAUUUUUAUCAUAUAUUCGCUUACUGGUCGAAGUAUUCAACAAUUUUCAAAUUGUGCUGAAGAUGAGGAUAAAAUUCUCUUUUUACCUCAUUCAUCAUUUAUGGUGUGCAGGGUAGAACGUAUUCACAACCAAUAUCGUAUUCACCUGCGACAGCUGGAACUUGGUCUUUGUCAAAAUGUAAUCUUAUGGGUUGACGAUCAUAUUUUUGACGAUUGGUGGGAAAAUAAAGAACACAUGGAAAAGGCAAGCACUGUUGGUACUCAAAUCAAUGUUCAUUUUAUUCCAAAAUCGAAUACCGAAACAGCAAUUGCUUUUCUUCGUUCGAAAUUUGGAGAACGACAGAAAAAUAGCCCUACAUUUCGUAUUGUAACUGAUAUGAAUCGAGAAAAUGAAACACCGGCUGAUAAUGCUGGGAUUCGUUUAAUAGUUGCAUUACGAGAGCUAGGUUACAAUUCACCAUGUCUUAUUUUCACGGGUGAUGCAUAUGCUGCACAAGAGAAACUCAACAAAAUGCUAUCCGAAAACCAACAACACAAUAUCAACAUAACUGAA